GACAGAUAUGUGAAGACGUCAUUCCAGGCCUGUUGCCAGACAGGAUACGAUAUACGUGGCAAAAAUCUCUGUUCUCCGAAAAUUUGUUUCAGAAGACACCAAAAGACACCAGAGUAGCCAGUUCUGUAUCUUUAUCUACAAUCCUCUACGGUACAAACUUUGAGUACUACCUCACUUCUCUUGUGCCGUGUCUUCCGACCCCGUGUGGCAGUCAGUAACAGUACCGAGAGAUGCCCCGUCCUGUCAUCGGUGUUCUUCUCCUCCUGGCGGCGGUUGGGCUGCUGAGUCCCCGCCGGGUCCUUGCCGACGGAGAUCCAGACGACGAGUCACACGAACACGACCAUGUCGGCGAACACUUGCACGAAUGUCCGGAAGGUUACGAAGAGCUCGAAGGGCAUUGUUACUACUUCUCCACGGAGACGGAGACUUACUCCGGGGCCGCCGCCUUUUGCGAGGCGCAGGACGGACGUCUGGCCACCCCCGACUGUCACGACGAACACGCGGCCGAGUUCUUCUACAGAACAGUUGCCUGGAUCAGUCCCAACACUGAGGAAGACUGCGCCAGAGGACACCACACACCAGAGGACCAGCUGCCCUUCAUCUGUGUACAUGCACCAACAUGCGACACGCCGCCUGUUCAUGAGAACACGGUCAUGACGGAGUGUGAGCCGCCCUACGAUCAACACGAGGGAUGCCACUACGCAUGCGUGCCGGGGUACCACCUGUACGAGGGCAACGAAGUGUCAUCCAUCGCCACCUGCCUGGACGGAAACUGGCACGGACCCUACAUGACCUGUAAAGCGGACUGCCCGGUUCCACCUUUGAACCCGGGAGUGACGAUGAAGGGCGCAAGCUGCCAGGCUCCCUACAUCAGCGGCGACAUUUGCUUCUUCGAAUGCGAAGACGUGCAACAGCCGCUAGAGGGCGACCAUGACAUGUCGUGUUUGGAUGGCGGAUGGAUCCAUGCAGUCACAGAACUGCCUGGGGUCCCUCUCGUCUGUCCUUGAGAAGAGCAGCGGGAGCAGCACACCUGGUGGGACAGUCGGAAUCUUAUCUCCUGUGCGAAACAGCGGCACGAGCGCCACAACAACUGGUGUUCAGAACAUGUAGGAAAUUUAGCCUCCAUUGAUGGAUGUACUUGUAGAUUAAUAGAUAUCAUUAUGAUCGUAAAUGACGUGCAGUCACAGAAGUUGUACAAGGAAUUUUUGUCUAAUCACAUAAAUCAUGAAGGUGAUUAUGAUUACAAAAUGUAGCCUCAAUUACCAUUCAUCCACGGACGUAUAUCCACCACCAGGCUUUUGAAAAAAAAAGAGACUAAAGAGGUCUGAAAGGCUACACCCCCCAGUAUAUUGCACUCCUGCACUGUGAAUACCUGGGGAGGGGGGUUGCCUGCAGAAGAGAUCCCUUCUAAAGGUUACGGAUUUACGCAGCCCAGCUGAUAGUGAAUCCAAGCCUGAGACUGGUAAAUUAGUCAUUAAAU